GCGGCAGACACAGCCCCGGAGCGGGGCCGCGCCGCGCCGGGGGAGGCGGCGGAGGAUGGAGGAGGAGAUGCAGCCGGCGGAGGAGGGGCCCAGCACCCCCAAAAUCUACAAGCAGCGGGGUCCCUACAGCGUGCUGAAGACCUUCCCCGGGAAGCGGGCGGCGCUGGCCAAGCGCUACGAGAGACCCACCAUGGUGGAGGUGCCCCGCGGGCGCGGAGCGGGGCAGCCCUUCCCGCACGCCGCCGAGCCGCUGCCCUACGCUCCGCACGGCCCCUUCCCCAACGGGCCCGCCCGGCCCGGCGCUGCCCCCGGCGCUGCCCAGGGCCACCCCCGCCCGCCGCCGCCGGCCCCGAGCUCCUCGGGCCGCUACGGCCCCUGCCCGGCCGUGGCGGGGGGCGGCGGCGCGGAGCUGAGCGCAGAGAGUCGAAUGAUUCUGGAUGCCUUUGCUCAACAAUGCAGCCGGGUUCUAAGUCUCUUAAAUUGUGGUGGAAAACUACUGGACAACAAUCACUCUCAGUCCAUGAUUUCUUGUAUAAAGCAGGAAAACCCAAAUUAUAGUGAAAGACAAGAGCAAUGUCAGCUCGGGAAAAUGGUCCAUAGUCAGACAUCAGACAUUUUAGACAUAGAGAUGCAGUAUAUGCAAAAGAAACAACAAACCUCAGCCUUUCUGAGAGUUUUUACUGAUUCCCUUCAGAACUAUUUGCUUUCUGGGAGCUUCCCUUCUCAGAACACCUCAUCAAUAAAUGAUUUUAGCCAUUUGGCAGAUGUGGAUCCACUUUCAGCCUCUCCAGUACACACUUUAGGUGGAUGGACAUCUCCAGCAACGUCGGAAUCUCAUGGUCAUCCAUCAUCUUCUACACUUCCAGAGGAGGAAGAGGAGGAAGAGGAAGAAGGUUACUGCCCUCGGUGUCAAGAGCUAGAGCAGGAGGUAAUUUCAUUGCAACAAGAAAAUGAAGAGCUUCGUAGAAAGUUGGAGAGCAUUCCAGUGCCCUGCCAGACGGUUUUAGAUUAUUUGAAGACUGUACUUCAGCAUCACAACCAGCUUAUGGUACCACAGCCAACAGACCAUCCAACCGAGGGGAGUAAGCAGUUGCUGAACAACUACCCUGUCUACAUCACUAGUAAACAGUGGGAUGAGGCUGUAAAUUCUUCCAAGAAAGAUGGACGACGGCUCCUUCGCUAUCUCAUCAGAUUUGUUUUCACAACCGAUGAGCUUAAGUACUCAUGCGGCCUUGGAAAAAGGAAAAGGUCAGUGCAGUCAGGAGAGACAGGUCCUGAAAGACGUCCUCUGGAUCCAGUUAAAGUAACAUGUCUCAGAGAGUUCAUUAGGAUGCACUGCACCUCCAACCCCGACUGGUGGAUGCCAUCUGAGGAGCAGAUCAACAAGGUGUUCAGUGACGCUGUGGGACACGCGCGCCAGGGCCGCGCCGUGGGGACUUUCCUUCACAACGGCCACUCCUACUACGAGGGGACUGACCACCCAGGAGCACAGGAUGAAGUCUUCAACAGAGGUAUGCAAGAUGGAUCUGCAGAUUGAUGGCAGUGAGAACCACCUCAUACAACAGUAGCAGACAAUUUAGGAGAGACUGUUUGUUAAACAUACUUAACCCUGCUGUCAUUUAGGAGUCCAAAGCAUGUUUGAACACAUACUGCAUACAUUUCAGCUUCUCCAUCCUACCAUAUCCCAGUUAGCAGAAAGAAAUCCAUUUCAAGACCUGCUUUAUGGGACUUCUCAGUGCCUAUUAUUUCCAAACCCUUCAUAGCACUCAAAGGGAACGUGCAGUUCAUUUCAUCCAGUUGUAGAGGAAAGGUCAUUUAAAAACUAUAAAAAUGUCAAAAGAAACAGCAGCUACUAUCUCUUCAGCCUAUUGAUAACAAUCCCAGGCCUGGACUCAGAACAGCUGGGUGCUAUUUGCUUUCCCUGACUAGAAGAUUUAAGUACAAGUCUGCACACUUACAACAAAAAAAAAAAAAGAAGUGAUUUCCCAUUUGCUAACAGAAAAGAACAUAAUUGUAAAUGCUACCUUAAAAUACCACACAAAAUAGAAAAUCCAGGGACUUUCUUAGCCAAAUCUGUCAGGAAAUUAAGCUUCUCAAGUAAAACAGCAGUACUCAUCAACAGCAGAAUCCUUCAAAGACCCAGAACAAUAACAGGCACUUCUAACAGAUAAAAAUUGCAUUGUAUAUCAGAUGGACAGUAUAUUUAUCUAGAUUUCUAGAGGAUUAGAGUUGAUCAUGACAGUUUUCAUUAAAACAAGAUUGCUAAAAACAAAUUGCCAUUUCAGAAGACAGAUUUUCCUUUGUCUGUUCCUAUUCUGCAGCCAUAUUACGUAGCUUUAGAGGUUUUAAAUUGCCUUUUCUUGUUUUCACUCUAAUUUGUGUUUUAUAUCCAUUCCUUGAAAGAGGUGAGGCAAUGUGCUGGUUUUGCUCAGUGUUGCAUUCAGGGAGGGGCUGGGCAAGGAGAACCUGGUUUAUUGUUCUGCAGUAAGUAGACAUGGGAUCCAGACUGAGAGCUGUAAAAAAGGAGCUGUUGGAGCAGAAUUCACAAUGGUGCACAACACUGGAAGCAGAUACUAGCUUUAAAAACAAAUGUCAAUCCACAAAAAGAGUUUAAUUUUAAAUGUUUAGGAGUCCAUUGUCCCUCUAAAUUGAUCCAUGCCAGAAAUAUGCAAUGCCAAAGAAACGAUGCCCUUUCCUUUCCACGUCAGGGUGUUUCCAUUUCCUUACCUUCGUGUGCUCACUCAGGCCAGUGUUGGCAUCCUCCACAGCCUGAACCAGCACUUCCUGAGGCAACAUUUCCCUACUGGCAGGUACAGGGAGGUGUUUCUGGAAAGGAAGCUCACUCCACUUUUGUCCAUCCUUAGUGCUACCUCAUCAGUGUUGGCUCUCCUGAACGCGUCUCUCAUACUCCCCAGCCUUCCUCACCGCCUUGUGUGAGCCACAAGUGUAGCUACUAAUGGUCCUUUUACCCUUCUCCUCCCCUUCCCCACCUUCUGCCCACGCACCAGGCAAGGCAGGAGGCACUGGACCCUUCCCCAGAGACCAGGAGGGGCUCUCUGGGGUGCAGCACUCCUCGAGGCCCAGCCUGGCUGCAGGGCUGAGGCAGAGUCCCCAAGUCCUGCCCACCCACACGGGAGCUCCUUCCUGCCCUCUUGCCUCCCCUGUGCCUGUGGGUUCCCUGUGACUGCUCUCUCCUGACCCCUGGGGAAUCUCGGGACAUGGGCUCACCCUGCACUGCCAUAGAGAGGACUUUGCUCUGUCCCCAUAUGCUUUAGGCCCUCAAAUGUCCAAUACCUCUCACUUUAACUCACUUUCAUUUUGGUGAUUUUUUUUGGAAGGGGGUUGAAAGGUACUCACUGGCCCCAAAAUAGUUAAUUUAUUUUCUAAAGGUCAAUUAGCAGUUUAGUCACACAGAACCUUACUAGACCAAUGGGUUUAGAACAGCAUUCCUUCAUCACAGGCAGGAGGUGACUUUCUUGGAAUGGUCACACCAUGUGGUGGCCUCUGGAGGAGAAAUUCAGUGUAUAGAAAUGUCACAGUACAGAUAUCCUAUAGUAGUUUUUCAGUGUUGAACUUACACUUUUUUAAAAAGAACUAUAAUAGAAGAUGUUACAUUGCUCAGAUGGUGUAAGUCUUGCUGGUCUAUGUUUAAUGUGGUGACACAUGCCAGAACUAUUUGGUAAAACAUGUCAGAAUGUGUGAGUCAACAUUAUACUGUAAAUUUGUCCACAGCGGUAUGUAUCAUGCUGUAUUUUUGUAAACAUUGUGAUGGUUUCCUUUCAGAUGCUUUGUUGUAUGAUGUUUAAGAUAUAACCACUUUUUAACAGUCACAGAACAGAAUUAUUGAACUGGACAGACCUUUCACUUAAUAACUGGAAGAUUUGCUGAAAUAACUAGUAAGCCUAGCUUUAUUUUUAGUGUAAAAAGCAUAGCCAGCAUCCUGGAACCACUCACAAUCCUCUACUCUCAUUGUGCAAAAUAACCAAAAGUAUAAUUUCAUCCUGAAAGCCACUUUGGUAGUAGAAAUGGCUUUGCAGGUUUGGACCUUUCUUUAUGAACAAAAUUUUGUCCUCAAUUGCUUAUAUGCACUGGCCAGUGACAUGAAUCAUGGUCACAGACAGGCAUUAACACACACCAGCUCAUAUUUUUGUUCAUGUUUGGUUUUAAAACAACAGAGUAUAAAAACUUUUGUCAGUUGUCUGUUUUUAAUUGCCAUAAAUGGCCACUUGACCCACUCAUUUCAUUUUUAAAAUCCCAAACCUUGCACAACAACUUAUUCCAGUUAAUUUGUUCAUUAGGUGUUACAAAUUCAGACAUAUUGAAGCAUCUAAAUAUCUGCAAUAUGUUAGAUAUGGGACCUGAAAUAAUAGAUAGCACAUAAGCCCUUGCAGAGGGAGAUAUCCAUAUUUAGGCAGUGUGCUUUAUAAGCCAGCACAUCCCUUCCCAGCAACAGAAGGAAACUGCUAUCUAUCAUGUCACUCCAGAAAGUCCCAGGAGGACAGAGAUUCUUGUCUUAUCCUUCCAUAGGCUUUAAUCUUACUGUCAUUUAUGUAUCUGCCUUCUCUCAAACCUUGUGUAGCAGCACCGCACGCCCAUCUGUGCCAACAUGCCUUCGCUAUAUUUUCUAUGACAAAUAUUUGUGGAGAAACUGUGAUUAAAAAAAAACAUUAAUCCUGAUAUUUUUAUUGUUAUGGUGUAGUUAAUUCUAUGAAUACUUUCUUAUGAUGAUUGUACUGUGUAGAGUAAGUACAGAUUAGGGAUAGACCUUUAUCAGAUAUUGUACAAAAGAAAAGUGCAUAGUGUAAUAUAGAAUAGUAAGGUUUUUGUGACAAUUUCUAUAGGAUGUGUGAAUUGUUUUCUAUGUGGCAACACACAUUUCUUUUAAAGAAUAUAAAAUCUUAGAGAAUUUUUUAAACAGUCAAUAUUUUUUAAUUAUAAAGACAUUUGUUACCUACAGUUUACUAUUUCAGGUGUUAAUUCUAAUUUGAAUAUUGGUUUUAUUACUACAUACCUCCAGUUCCAUUUGUUCUGUUGCAUAAAAAUGCACAAUAAAAGUUAGUCUCUGGUUAACCUGUCUCUUUCUUUCUCUAGAGGCAAUCUUGUGUCAGUGUGACAGCCAUGAUACCUGGGUAUCACUAGAAAUAUAUAUUAAAAGUUUUAGAUUUAUAUAAAGAGCUAGAACAUUUUCUUUUGCAUUAAAUGCUUGUUUGGUAUGAAGCACCAGAAAGCACAGUGAAAGAUUAUGAAGAAUUCAAGUAUGAAUAUAAUAUAAAUCAUUUUUACCUCAAUGUACAACCACAGAGAUUUAUGUGCUGGUUAAAUAGAAAGACUAUUCAAAGGAAGUACCCAUCUGCAAUCUUAAAACCUGGAUUUUCAAGCAGUGACGUUUAAAUCCCAUUUUAAUUCAGAACCCAGUGAUGGCUGAAUGCAUCCUGUUCUCUUAAACGCUUUAGAAAAUCCUGGCUUCAGAUAAUUUGUAGAGGAAUUACAGUGACAAACAUUCACCAUGGCAAACCACUGCUGCUGGGCUGUGAAGGCAGGACCUGCCCACAAGCUGGUGUCAGCCACUUGAAAUGGUUAUCAAAUAGUGCCAUUAUAAAACAAUGCUUCUGGGUGCCUGUGAUGCUGCAAAAUUAACUGGGGUUGAGCACAUAUUUCCAGCCUACUGCUUCUUUUUUUUUUUAUGAGGAUCACAAUUAGUGAGAGCAGUUUACUAACCCCCCACCAAAAUAAUUUCAGGUAACUGAGCAAUGGAGGUAGAAAAUCUGUGUUAAUCCAUCUGCAAAAAUUUAUCAUUAGCUUCUCUUUGAAAAACUUUGACUUCCCAGACUUUUGGGCAAUGGCUGGAAAUGUCUGAGGGUAGAUCAGAGGCAGGAGGGACUAGGAAUGGGCUGUGUAAACCAAAAGGGUGAAGGAGCAGUACAGGCAGGAACCCAGCAGGGAAAGUUGGCAGGGAAGAAGAGAAGAAGGUAACCACAGGCAGCAAUUGGGUUUAUGAAGCUCAAGAAGAGAGAUUAGGUCUAACAGCAGGGCGUAUGGAAGGGAAUAAGCACAAGAGGCAGUGCCUGGGGCUGGGCAGGCAGAGAAGGGGUACAGAAGAAGUAUCUGGGAUGGGGAAGAAGCAGGUCUGCGAAGUAACUGCAGUGGAACAAGCAGCACAGAUGCAGAGUGUAAUUCAAUAAUGCUGCAUAUUAUCACCCUUCCACUAAAUACCUGUUAAACAUCCAGGUAAGGCAAUGGCCAAACUGUGCUCCUGCUGUGCAGCAGUGCUGGUGCCCUCAGAAACAUGGCCCCUGCUGGCACUUAUAUCUCUCCUGAGGCACAAGAUGUCCCUGAAGAGAAUUUUAAAAGUCCAAGUCACACAUUGAACCUCAUACGUAUAAAGGUAUUUACUUUUUACCUCAUUUGCUUUGAACAAGCUCCUGUGCAAGCUCAUGUUAUUAAAGUGUUUGUAAUCUUACUUUAAUAAGGUUAAUCAUGUUGCAAAAUCUUGUCCUCAAGAGUUCAGCUAGGCAAGGUUUCUCUGCUUCCUUCCCUCUGCUGAGGCACUAACUGAAGCCAGUGACUGAUACUAGCUCAGGCAGCAUGGACAGCAAUACAAUGUGUACUGACUUGCAAAGUGAGUUUCUGUUUGGAAACAGGCACAUUAUCACAGAAAGAACUCCAUAUCUCAAAAAGAACUCCUCUUUCCCUACCUGACUCUUACUUAGGCUCAUCAGUAACUAUGAACAGUACCCCAGUGCUUCAGCACAAGGUAAGUGUGAAUACAGCUCCAGGCAACCAUCACAUAAAUCUUAGUUAUUGACAGAGCAAAUCCACACCACUGAUGUGACCUGACCACACCUUAAGGCCUAUUUAAAUCAGAGGCUGAAGUACAAAAACAACUUUUACUGCAAAUGUAUCACAUUAAGGAAAAAAAAUAGAAUAAAAAGCCACACCAACAGAUUAAUUAGCUAAAUUGAGAGAAAAAAGUUUGACAUGAACUUACACAAAAAUGUUGGGAAAAUGCUAAAAAAUCCUUUUGUCCUUAAAAACACUUUAAAGUUUCCCACUCAUCUGACAGAUAUAAUUGCCUCAACUUAGAUUGUCUUUGUAGGAAAAUGGAAAGAAACAGGUUUGCUAAUGACUCAAAGUAGUUUCCCAUUAGAAAAGUUAAUAUUAAAUUUAGUUGCCAUUUAGGAAUAGGGUAAAUAGUACAGCAGAAAAAGUCUAAUUAAACCUUUCAAAAAUGCCUGGUAGCAAUGUGAUUGUAAAGCUGAAAUUCUUCCAAAAUUAUGUGAGAACCUCAAAAAGCCAAAACCUGAAUUACUUAUUAAACUGAUGGAAAGAGGGAUUUUUUUAUCUGCUACAGGAUAAUCCAAAGAAGCAGAGCAGCAAAUUCCAACACAGUUUCUUGACAGACUCUCAAGCUCUCUUUCCCAUCCACAGCAUCAGGAAGACUGUUCAAGGCUGAGACAUUUCCAUGAAAAAAGUUAACCUUACAAAUGACCACAUUCAUAAACCCACCAAAGGCUUCCCAGAGUACCACUGCACAUCUCCCUCAAUGAUCCAGAAGUGUCCAAUUACCUACUCAGCACAUGGAGCACCUGGAACACAGAUUUUGGAAUUGGUCUUCUCCACCUAAAAUCCUUGUUUUGAACCAUCUGCAAACUGAGCUUCUACAGUGAAGGCCACUGGAAAGUCUUUCUUGCAUCAAGGUUUCCAAGUUGUCCAAAUUCAUAAGGAUCUUCUUCCACAGUAAUUUUUAUUUUUGCUGAGAUACUGAGAAAGUUGUCUUUCAUGAGAAACGUGAGUGAGGUACAAAUCUGCAGCCAAAGACACCUACAUACAGUUAAAACACACAGGCACAGAGGUUCAUAAAUGAAUGCAUUUUUAUGCACAUCAAACUCAAGAUGGAUUUUCUUUGUGAUUGUCUUAGAGAAAAAUAAACUCUCCACAUUUAAACCUUAAACUUAAUGCUUUGUGUAUCCCGAGUAGCCUGAUUUAAUGAUUAACUGCUGUUCAAUCAGUAUUUGGGGUAAAAAAAUACUUCUGUAAAACACUGGUGUCAGAAAGAGAACCUAUAAAAAAUCUUACUAAGCCCCAAUUCAGCACCAGAAUUGAAAUCUAAAUUAAAAAAAAAAAAUUAAAUCACAAAAAGCUUGGGUAAAUCAAUACAUGUAAUUUACUGGGAGCUGAGCUGGCAAAACUUCUGUGAAAGCAGAAAUUAUGUCCCUUUUCCUAGGGUUUUCAAAAAACGUUUAAUUCAAACGCUAAAGGAAGGUUUACUUUUCAUGAUCUUUUAAUAAGUCCCUCAUAAACUAUUUGCAAAGACAAACUUGAACAGGACUUUUAAGUUCAUCUUCUACCAGCUGACUGCAAGGUCCCACUCAACCCAUUUACACCCAUUUAACACAAUUAUUUGGAAAUGCCACAGACAGCAAAUAAAUAAUGGAUUUUGAAGAUUCCACGUUAUAUUAUGUGAAAAGACAGAGCUCUCUCCCUCUUUCAAAAUGGCUGAGACCACUUGCUUGGUUAUUCCAACAGCCCAAAGACAGCCCAGUAUUUCAACUUGACCUCAAAUAGACAAGAGAUGAGGCCCUCAAGUCUGUCACUUCUCUGUUCAGGUGAAUCUUGUGCCAUUUGGUUGAUUCGAGAAAAAAAACUAACACAACAAACCACAGGAAACCAACAAUCUUCACUUGAGAAAGGGAGUCUCUUAAUUAUGAAAUUAAACAUCUUUAGCAAAAAGGACAUACAGUGCACAGCCAAAAUCUUUCCUGCAGUAUGUUGCUCGACCACUUUAUUUCUGGUAUGUGAUACCAGAACAGACAAAAACUCCAGUUUUUCAAGUGUCUCCAUCAACCAGAUUUCUAACAUUUUUGACUCUUCUUUCCAACCACAUAAAAUUUUUUAGCCCAAUUAGAAGCAGUUCUUCCCAUAACUGGACAAAUAAGCAGUUUUACUGGUAUUAGUGAUAAAAACUGGCACUUAAGUGUACCAGACAGUACAUUAAAUCCUUUCUAAGAUGACUAAUUUCAAGUCUUAAGAGGCUUGGACAGCUUUGCUGGGAUUGUGAAACUGUGGUUACUAUGCAAGCCUAACAUAUAAAUCCAUUCAAGGAAUUCUUCACACCCUUGACUAUACACAGACAUGCAACCCAUCUGUAGUACAAUCUUCAUGUCAUCCUUGCAUCUGGAUCAGGACAGGUACUCCAAACUGGAGAGAGUGGGGCCAGUGGGGCCUCUGAGCCAGGCAGAAAGAUCUUUCACAGUACUGGGGAAUGAACCAACAUGAGGGCAGGGGGUGAAUGGGAUCAAAGGCAGAGUUGCCAGCAAGAUUCAGAGAACAAAUACAGAGCUUGGGCAGCCUGGGCAGGUUGCUCCCUCACCAAGCACGUGCUAUGAACAGUGUGUGCAGCAUCACAAAGGCAGACUGAAUAACCAGUACAGAUAGAUGGAUAAAACCUUUGUUUUGCAUCCAUAAAAUAGUUAUAUGCAAUUUUAAUUCAGAAACAUAGCAAAUCAUCAGCUGCCUAAAGCCACUAUUAUUGCUUACUUUUCCAAUAUAUAUAAAAUUGCUUAAAUUAACAGAACACAACCCUUACUGGCUAUGUAACACUUUACUGAGUAAUUACAACUUCCAGACAUGAUACAGAAUGUACUGAAUUCAAGUAUAAUUACAAAACAAAGAACAUAUGCAGGUAAGUAUUCCAAUGUCUACACCUCACAAAUCAAAAUGACUUGCGCAUACUAAUAUGGAGUAACCAAGACACAGAA